CCACAACCUCCCAUCAACACCUCGAACCGUUUAUUAUUUCUAUAAGAACAUAUUUUCGUGGAUUCAAAAUGGUGCUUGAUAACGAUACCUUGUCUGACACACCCCGAGAUACAGAUACUUGGAAUAACCCAGACCCCGGCAGUCCGUACGCCGCAUUAUUCCCGAACAAACUCGAACGCCAGUAUCUACACCGCCCCAAUGCGUUUUAUCUAUACGUAGGCUUUGCUGGCCCCUGGAAUUGGGAACGAGCGGUACUAGCCCGUUUGAAAAAACACCUCGAGGGCUCCCGCCAGCUACUCCGCCGAGAUCCAACACAGGCCGAGACCAACGCAUGGGUAGAACUCACAAGUCGCGAAGUGAACGUCCGACAGCUCGGUCUCCCGCUCGGCAUAUCCGCUGGCCUCAUACAUGCAAGCUAUACGAUACGAAGCAAACUUAACAUGCCUAAGCAAGCCUCAUUCUUCGAUAAUGUGCAAAAUGCCUGGAAGCAAGCCACCGUCAUGGAACGUCGAUCGGUGGCCUUUCAGGCUGGUCUUCGCUUGUCGUUUUGGGUGCUGUUUAUGAUGGGCAAUCUGCAGGCCUUUGCAGCCUAUCGUAUCACAACGGCUGUGGCGACAGAUUCGCGACUGGAGGAUUUCCGUGCUGCGAUUCAGCGGUAUACGAAAGCACGUAUGCAGCAAUUCGAAACUACUACGGAGGAAGCACGUCGGAAGAAACGCGAGGAACGUGAAGCGACUCGUCAUCAAACAACGGCGACAACAACGGGAAGUGCUGAAGAGCCCCCGGAAAUGGACUAUGGCCGACGAGAUCGGGCACCUGUUGCGGCAGAUUCGGUUGAUUUUGGGUUUGAUGGCCAAGAACAAGAUGCUGGAGCCUUUGGCUAUGAAGACCAGACGGCUCCAAAGCAAGAAAGACCACGUGGGGGCCCGAAUGGGGCUCCGCCAACAAACGCUUGGGAACGUAUUCGACAACAGCGUGCUGGUUCUUCGGGUCAAUCGACGGACAACAUGAAUUCGAUUUCAGAUUGGAGAAGGCGCGCUUAUGAGCAACAGCAGCAGAAGGUGCAACAGUCACAGAAUUUUGGCUCGGAUUAUCAGACCGAAGAACAGGCUCGACAAAAAGAGCGGGAUGUCGCACAGAGAGAGUUUGAUAGCAUGUUAGACGCUGAACGACAACUGUCCCAAGAUAGCAUGGACGCUGGGGAUAACGGUAGCAAGAAGAGCUGGAGGCGUUGAUAAACAAAAUUAAAUGUCGCAUGUAAAUUAGGUAAUCUACGAGUGUAUUUCUAUAAGUUUGAUGGACAACAUUAACAUUAAAAUUAUGU